AUGGGCGGGGUUGACUUCAGUUGUCGUUUUGCUCCUCCAAAUCGGAAAAAAGAGAUCAUGUCACAUCAGCAAGAAGAUGAUGAGUACGUGGGUGAUGAAUAUGAAAUGGAAGAUGUUGAUGAUAACAUGGAGGAGGAGUUUCAUGGCAGAGAUGUUGGGUCAGACUCUGAUGUGGACGAAUAUGAUUACAUGAAUAAUAAGUUGGCAGAUACAUGCGCUGCUCAGGCAAGAAGAGGUAAAGAUAUUCAAGGUAUUCCCUGGGAAAGGCUGAGCAUCACUAGGGACAAAUAUAGGCAAACUAGACUUGAACAGUAUAAGAACUAUGAAAAUAUUCCUCAGUCUGGGGAGGCUUCAGAAAAGGCAUGCAAAGUCACCAACAAAACAGGCCUGUACUACGACUUUAGACGGAAUUCAAGAUCCGUAAAAUCGACAAUACUUCACUUUCAGUUGAGAAACCUAGUAUGGGCUACAUCGAAGCAUGAUGUGUACCUAAUGUCACAUUUUUCUGUCAUCCAUUGGUCCUCCUUAACUUGCAACAAGUCUGAAGUCCUUAAUGUAUCAGGGCAUGUGGCACCAUGUGAGAAACACCCUGGAAGUCUACUGGAGGGAUUCACUCAGACCCAAGUUAGCACAAUGGCAGUAAAAGAUAAUUUGCUUGUUGCUGGAGGAUUCCAAGGAGAACUUAUAUGCAAGUAUUUAGAUAGACCUGGAGUUUGCUUCUGCUUGAGGACAACUUACGAUGAUAAUGCUAUUACUAAUGCUCUAGACAUUUAUACUACCCCAAGUGGUGCAGUUCAUUUUACAGCCUCAAACAAUGAUUGUGGAGUUCGCGAAUUCGAUAUGGAAAAUUUUCAGAUGACUAAGCACUUGCGUUUUCCUUGGCCGGUCAAUCAUACUUCCAUUAGCCCGGAUGGAAAGCUUCUUAUAAUUGUUGGAGACAGUCCUGAAGGAAUGUUGGUGGACUCGAGCUCCGGAAAGACGGUUGCAUCCUUGCACGGACACCUGGAUUUCUCAUUUGCAUCGGCAUGGAAUCCGGAUGGGUAUGGGUUUGCAACAGGGAAUCAGGACAAAACCUGCAGAGUUUGGGAUAUCAGAAACGUAUCAAAAUCCGUAACCGCUUUAAAAGCCAAUCUUGGAGCCAUUAGAUCCAUCCGUUACUCCUCGGAUGGUCGCUUCAUGGCAAUGGCAGAACCUGCUGACUUUGUUCAUGUGUUUGAUGUCAGAGGCGGCUGUUAUGACAAGGAACAGGAAAUUGAUUUUUUUGGUGAGAUAUCCGGCACUUCAUUCAGUCCCGAUACCGACUCCCUUUUCAUAGGAGUAUGGGAUCGCACGUAUGGCAGUCUCCUCGAGUUUGGCCGCAGACACAAUUACUCUUAUUUCGAUUCCCUAAUUUGA